AUGGACGAAAUAGGAGCAAGUGGGGGACUGGGAGGGCACUGGUGGUGGGCCGUCGCCAGCACCGCCCAGCUGGCGCUGGGCAUGAAUUCCUAUCGGAAAGGCUAUUCCGGCGACUCUCGUUUCAUGCCGUUCAAAGCCUUUGCGGUCGCCUCUCUCUUCGUCGGCGCCUCCGCUUCUGCCGCCGUCGCCUCCCUCCGUGCCUCCGGAAUUCACUCCGAAUGUACCUUGGGGAUGCCCCCUGCAGGUGCAAACUCUGUGGUGCCUUGCCUAGAGUUAGAAGCUUUGCCUAGAUUGAAGUUAUAA